CUCCGGGCGUCUGCGAGCUCGCGGGGGGGCGAAGUCCGGCCCCGUCCCCACCCAGCUUCGCGGCGCGCGUCGGCCGUGCCGCCCCCGGGCAGCGUGCAGGGGCCAGGGGCCGCGGCGGGCAAUGGCCGCGGGCUGGGCGCCCCGGGGGCAGGACCCCGAGAAGAUGAAGGCGAUGCUCGAGGUAUACCGCGCAGAGGCCGACGUGCUGAAAGAGCGCCUGGCGGACGGCCACCGCGAGGUCGCGAGCCUGCGCUCCAGGCUGCGCGACGCGGAGGGCGAGCUGCUGGUGGCGCACCAGGCCACCAACACGGCCACCGAGCGCCUCGGGCUCCACGCCCAGCGCCACGGGCUGGUGCUGGCCGCGGGCGUGGAGCGCAUCGGGGCGGAGCGCGCCACCCUCGAGGACGAGCUCCAGCGCAUGGAGCAGGUGCUCUCCGAGCGCGACCAGGACAUCGCCCGCCUCCGCAAGGAGGCCCGCGCGCUCGAGGCCAAGCACUUCCACAGCGAGAUGGAGCUCCAGGGCCUCCAGGCGGCCAGGGCCGCGGCCGGAGGGCCCUCGGCCUACCAGAUGAGCGACCCCCGCAGCAGCCGACCUCAUGGAGCAGUUCAGCCUCCGGGCCGCCGCGGUGGGGCCCUCCUCCCGCGAGGCCGCCCGCUGCGGGGACGCCAAGGCCAGCCUCGCUGCGAAGCAGGAGGCCCUGGAGGCGCUCCGGCAGCGCGCGGAGGCGGCGGCCGCGGAGGCGCAGCGCCAGGAGGAGGAGAGGAAGCGGCCAUCGCGGCGAGGGUCGCGGAGGCCGAGCGCAGCCUGCGUGAGAAGCACGCGGCGAUGGAGGCGCAAGACAAGGAUCGAGGAGGGUUCCUGAAGGAGCAGGAGCUCCUGCGCGAGCACAACGAGAAGCUGCGGCAGGCCCUGCAGCUGGAGCAGCAUGACUCCGUCAGCAUCGACCAGCGCGCGGUGCUGCACCAGCAGUGCGGCACCGAGGCGGAAGGCGUGCGCAACGAGGUCCAGAACAUCCUGGCCACCAUGCCGCAGCUUGCGGAAACCCUGGCUGCUCGCGGAAAAUACGUGCACAGCGCCGAGGUGCCAGACGAUCCGGUGGAUGUUGCCAUGCAUGCUUACCUGCGCGGCCUCGGGCCUGCGGGGACCCGACCGCCGGCCGUCGUGUGCCGCCUGGGUCCCGGGGAUUACGUGGUGGACAAGGAGCGCAUGGCGGUGAGCGUGGAGCAGGGCCAGCUGCUCAUGCGCAGCGCCUCCUCCAGCGGGGCCGUCGCCGUCAGCGGGGCCGUCGCCGCCAGCGAGCCCGCCCAGGCCACCCCCGCCGCCACCGUCACCGUUGCCGCCGAGCCCGCCAAGGCGGCCCCCCCCGCCGCGGUGAGGCCCAUGCGCCAGCGCUCCAGCAUCUGCUGAUGAGGAGGAGGAGGAGGAGGAGCGCCGCGACCCGCGGGCCCAGCCGCGCCUUCCCCCCGCGCACCCGCGCGGCAGUCGCCGGCCCGCCCGCCCGCCCGCCGCCCCGCUCGGUCCGAGCAAAGCCCUCGGAGCGGGCCGGCGCGAAGGCCGCCCCGCCCUCGGCAGAUGCCGUGGGCGCGCGCGAGGAGGAGGUGCUCGCCACGAACCGUCGGCGCGGCGCGCGCGCGAUGUGGACACCACCUGCACGGACGCGGCGGGGCCCGUGCCGACCGUCGAGA